AUGCUGUCAUUCGCAGUAGCACUGGGUGCGUUGAUUAUCCCAGCCUAUGGGACUGUUCUCCAGCAUGUUAGCGAAUUGUCAGCCACAUCGUAUGACUUCAUUAUAGUUGGAGGUGGAACUGCUGGAGCUGUGGUCGCAAACAGACUGUCAGAGAACCCGAGGUUCAAUGUAUUGCUCAUUGAAGCCGGACCAACGAACAGAGGUGUUGUUGAUUCAAUAAUCCCUGGUCGCUGGGCUAGUCUAGAAAAGACAAUAUACGACUGGAACUUCACCACCGUGCCGGGAUCAGGAAUACAUAACCGCUCUCUGGAUUAUCCGAGAGGCCGAUUACUUGGUGGAUGCAGCUCACACAAUGAUAUGUUUUAUACUCGAGGCUCGCAAGACGACUAUGAUAGGUGGGCAAAGGUUACAGGGGACUCCGGAUGGUCUUGGAACAGUCUUCUCCCGUAUAUUCGAAAGAAUGAGAGGUGGACACCCCCUGUUGACGGUCAUGAUACUCGGGGGCAGUUCGAUCCUGCGGUUCACGGCUUUAACGGGAUGAUCGCCACCACCUUGCCUGAUACCAGAUGGCAAGUAAUCACGUCCAACGUCAGUGAGGUACCCAAAGAACUUCCUUCAGUUUUCCCUUUCGUAAAAGAUAUGAACAGUGGAAAACCACUUGGACUAGGAUGGCUCCAAACUACCACUGGUAAAGGAGAGAGAAGCAGCUCUGCGACUGCAUAUCUUUCAAAUCAGUUUACAAGCCGAAAGAAUCUUCACGUCCUAGUUAACACCAAAGUGACGCGCAUCAUAGGGAACUCGAAAGGGUCAUUCACGGGUGUAGAAAUCACCGGCUCUUCUCAGGUUCUCAAGGCUACCAAGGAAAUUAUAUUGUCAGCUGGAGCUAUUAACACACCUCAGAUACUCCUAAACUCUGGAAUUGGUGACCGGAAUCAACUCAAAAAACUCAAUAUAAAAACCAUUCUCAACCUUCCGAGCGUGGGCCAAAACCUCACUGAUCAUCCGCUUAUCGUGGUACAAUAUUCUGUGAAUUCGAACGGAUUCUGGAACGCCCUGGGCACAAACAAAACGCUACAAAAUCUUGCUUUGAAACAAUGGAACCGUGAUAGGACUGGUCCGUAUAGUGGUCCAUCAGGAACCUUUGUUGCAUGGUCACGCCUUUCCCCACAAUUUCCUCUGUUGAAGAAGCUCGGUGAUCCAUCGGCAGGGCCUAACACUCCUCACAUAGAGCUUAUCCCUAUAAACCCAUCUUCCGUUGAUUCUGUGCCGGGGGCAUCUGGGAGCAUGAUCAUAGCAAUAGUAACCCCACUUUCUCGAGGCUCCGUGACGCUGAACCCGAGCAAUCCAUUGGGAAAUCCUAACAUUGACCUUGGUUACUUCACGGAUCCGGAAGGGCUUGACAUUGCCACUGCAACGGAAGCAGUGAAACUAACGCAGACAUUCUACACGGCUCCAACUUGGAAGGAUUAUAUUAUUGCUCGGACUGCCCCGGCAGCAAAUGCUACUGAUGCUGAAAUCAGUGACUAUAUUCGCAGCUCAACGGGGACUAUUUUUCAUGCUGUCGGCACGGCAGCAAUGUCUGCAAAGGGCGCGCACUAUGGUGUAGUUGAUCCAGACUUGCGUGUUAAAGGUGCUUCGGGGUUGCGCGUUGUUGAUGCGUCUAUCAUGCCGUUCAUAAUUAGUGCGCACACCCAGGCUCCAGUAUACUAUAUCGCGGAACGCGCUUCUGAUCUUAUAAAGGAUGCGUGGAAGUGA